UCGCCCCAGACUGAAAAACAUAGACAUGGAUCGUGCACAUCGCUGAAUGCUUUUCUUCCGGUUCACUUGACUCGGUCCCUAUUCCGCCCAUUUUUGCAAGCAUGCUCCUACUUUCUCCAUAGCGGAUCUACAGCCUCCACUACUGCCAGGUGGGGUUGAUUCCACCUAAAUAACUCGCUUCCGGCUGAUGCAUGCACUAUCAUUCCAUCGCGCUACUCUCCGGUGUGUCAGUGCUGUCGUUUCCGUUAAAAUGGCUGUUACCUAUCUCUCACGCUGCGAUGGCCAAGCACUCGACUAUACAUAUUGUUGUAGGGGCUAGGUAUGGUCGCAUGAGCCGCUCAUUGGCUCCACUUUGUUGUUCGCCAGAUCCGCCAAUUCGCUCACCCGCCUUUCCUGGCGACACUCUUUGGCUGUUCGGAGUCUAUUAACCCACAUCAGUAGUGAAGGGCGCCAUUGGAGAUAAUCAGGCCAGUGCCCCACCGUACCCUAUCUCUUGCAAGGCGCCAUGUAAAUGCGCUGGUAUGCACACACCCUUAGUCUACAAAAAAGCUGUCGAGCAUGGAUACGACGUCUAUAAAAGCUCGCCUGGACCGGCCAUUUUUUUUUCUUCGCCCAUCCCUCAGCU